UUUGGUCUUCAAAAUUCUAUUGCAACAGCAAGGACGAUGCCGCUUAUCGAUAACGAGCAACGCCAACGCUUUCCAUUGCAACUGCGUGAAUGGCAGGCUAUGGAUACAAUGGAUGAUAUAGCCAAUGACAUGCUUGCAGAGAGAACGCAUUUGGCACACGUUCCCGAAUUGUUGCGCCAUCUGGAGAAUAUCAAUGACUCCGACAACGAAAUGGGACAGCCAGAGAAUAGAAAGGUGCAAUAAUAUGGCUGCGGCAUCGAAAAUUUGGCAAUCAAAAUUUACAAACAGAUAUACAUAUACUAAAACAAACACCUGCCAUAUAAUUAAAUCAAUAAUAACUGUCACGAACGAGGACUCUCACAAAUAAAUAUCACAAACGGGUGCAUAAUAAACCAAGCAAUGCGUGAGCAAAAUCACAAAAUAUCUCAUUAAA